AUGUGGGCGCCGGACAAGUUCAACGCGCCGCCACUCAAGAUGGACAGUCGUUACACCAGCACUGCGGGAAUCGGAGACUUGAACCAGCUGAGCGCGGCCAUCCCGGCCACGCGGGUGGAGGUGUCGGUAUCCUGCAGAAAUCUUCUGGACAGAGACACAUUUUCAAAAUCGGAUCCAAUUUGUGUCUUAUAUGUACAAGGAGUUGGAAAUAAAGAAUGGAGGGAGUUCGGAAGAACUGAAGUAAUUGAUAAUACUUUGAAUCCUGAUUUUGUAAGAAAAUUUAUUCUGGACUACUUUUUUGAAGAAAGAGAGAAUCUUCGUUUUGACUUGUAUGAUGUUGAUUCCAAGAGCCCCAACUUGUCCAAACAUGACUUUCUGGGACAAGUGUUUUGUACAUUGGGGGAGAUUGUUGGUUCACAGGGAAGUCGCCUGGAAAAGCCAAUAGUAGGGAUUCCAGGGAAGAAAUGUGGUACUAUCAUACUUACAGCAGAAGAACUAAAUUGUUGCAGGGAUGCUGUUUUGAUGCAAUUUUGUGCAAACAAAUUGGACAAGAAGGACUUCUUUGGAAAAUCAGAUCCUUUUCUCGUAUUUUAUCGAAGUAAUGAAGAUGGCAGUUUUACAAUUUGUCAUAAAACAGAAGUUGUCAAGAAUACUCUGAAUCCUGUAUGGCAGGCAUUCAAGAUCUCAGUCAGAGCUUUAUGUAAUGGAGAUUAUGACAGAACAAUCAAAAUAGAGGUUUAUGACUGGGAUAGAGAUGGAAGAUAUGAAAAACUAGGUCUCAGAAUGAGAAUAUUACUUGCCCGUUUUACUUGUUUCUCAACUGUCCUUCUAAGCAUGGAUUUUAUCUCUCCUCAUCCUUUACUUCUUAGUGUUAUGAAUCCUAAAAAGAAAGGAAAAAAGAAAAAAUAUAUUAAUUCUGGAACAGUAACUUUGCUCUCUUUCUUGGUAGAAACUGAAGUAUCAUUCCUUGACUAUAUCAAGGGAGGAACACAAAUCAACUUCACCGUGGCUAUUGAUUUUACAGCAUCAAAUGGUAAUCCUGCCCAGCCCACUUCUCUCCACUACAUGAAUCCUUACCAACUGAAUGCCUAUGGUAUGGCACUGAAGGCCGUGGGAGAAAUUGUUCAAGAUUAUGAUAGUGAUAAAAUGUUUCCAGCUCUAGGUUUUGGUGCAAAAUUGCCUCCAGAUGGAAGGAUAUCUCAUGAAUUUGCUUUGAAUGGGAACCCUCAAAACCCCUACUGUGAUGGCAUAGAGGGGGUCAUGGAGGCUUAUUAUAGGAGUCUGAAAUCUGUACAACUGUAUGGACCAACCAACUUUGCUCCUGUAAUUAACCAUGUAGCAAGAUAUGCUUCUUCUGUAAAAGAUGGCUCCCAGUAUUUUGUGCUCCUGAUUGUGACAGAUGGUGUCAUCUCAGACAUGGCUCAAACCAAGGAGUCCAUAGUUAACGCCUCAAAACUUCCAAUGUCAAUAAUUAUAGUAGGUGUUGGACCAGCAGAAUUUGAUGCUAUGGUCGAAUUGGAUGGAGAUGAUGUCAGAGUUUCUUCCAGAGGAAAGUAUGCUGAAAGGGACAUUGUACAGUUUGUACCAUUCAGGGAUUAUAUUGACAGAAGCGGAAACCACAUAUUGAGCAUGGCUAGAUUGGCUAAAGAUGUCCUAGCUGAGAUCCCCGAGCAGUUUCUCUCCUAUAUGAGGGCCCAUGGAGUCAAGCCAUCACCUGCGCCUCCCCCGUACACCCCACCUACACAUGUGUUACAGACUCAAAUAUGACUCUGCUUAAAUGUUAACUACACAUCAGUGAGAACUGCUGAGUCAAUGCUUUGUGCCUGGUGCUUUGUAAUGAACCAGGGAAUGAGAUACUUUUCUCAGUUUGGUAUCAGCAGUACUGGUUAAUGUGCUUUCUUGGAUCCAAAAUUAACUCUCUUCAUAAACCAAAAUUGUAAAUAUGGUUGUUGCAUGAGCAACAGAAAACUUGUUUAAAUGCUUGAAGCAAAAUAUGGAUGUCUUCUCUGAAUAUUUUAUUUUUGUUUUGGACAGAAACAGCUAAUUUCCAAUAUAUUGUUGGGAAAAAGCACAAAUUAUGUUUUUAACUCAAAUAUGUCCUCAACUGCUGUGUGUAUAGGAAAGCAGUCUCUCUGUAUCACUGUUUACAUGUUACUACUUUUUAAAUUUCAAUACUUUUAUAAUUGUUCUUAAAAUAAGAGUUUUGAAUAUUGAAUCCUUUGUCUUCUAAAUUGCAAUAGCUAUAAUCACAAGAGCAAUAUCUCUUUGAAUGGCUGUCUGGACAAAUACAAUCACAAAUAAGAAAAGGGAAAGAUACUUUCAUAUUUCUCAGUCACUGAAUUGUGUCUUAUGAAGCUACAGAUGCUUUGUAAUCAGUUUCUCUGUGUUGUUUGCCAAGUAUGGGAAUAUAAGCUUAGCAGAUGUGAAUCCUGUAAGAACAUGCAUUUUUCAUGGAGUUUGGGUUCUAAAUUUAGACUGCAGUCAAUUUAUGUUUUGUAUUGGUAAGUAGAAAUUAUAAAAAGUCAAACAUUGUGAACUUUAAAUGCACAAAAAAUAAUUUGUGUAAAAAGUAGCAUCUUUAUAUUAUAAUGAUAUUUAGAAAGACUAAGACCAAGAAUAUUUAACUGUGAUUCAUGUAGCAAAUGUUUUAAACUUUUUAUUCUGUUAUAUAUUGUCUAGAUACUUUAAUUCAAAGGGAUACUGGUUCUCUUGAUUUGGAUUCCUUCUUAUCACCUUUCCACAUUGCCACACAGGGUGCAUAGGCUGGAAGUCUUUUGUGAAAUUCCCAGUUAAAUAUACACAACCUUGUGACUUAGUGCACAACACAUUUGUGAAAUACCUACUCCUAUAUACUGAUCUGCCUGUCCACAUUUAAUUGUAAAGAGUUUUUGCAUGUACAGUUUUUACAAGGAUUACAAUUUUGUGACGUGUCUAAAUUAAAGCAUUUCUUUAGAACAAAUGGCCUUAAAUUCUCACAGAUUUCCUGGAAAUGAUUGUGAAUUGCCUUCAAAUAAUAGAAACGUGUGUUUAUUUAUUUAUUUUUCUUUUGUUUCUACAAUGUAACUGCUUUAUAAUUUUUUUUCCUUACCUAUAUCCUAUUUACUACUUGGUUUAUUUCUACUUGUUAUUCUAUUUGUCCCAAGUUGACUUAGGGUGACUUUUAUAAGCAUGAAAAUAUUUUACUGAAAACCAAAAUAUAUAUACCACAUAUCUACAGUAUCAAUGGUAUAUAACUGUGUAAUACUAAAUUGUCCAUUUUUAAGUAUAUAUUAAAAUCUUUAAA